UUGGAGAAUUACCGCUUCCGGUGUGGGCGGAGCUUGGCCAACCGCGGUCGGCUUCAGUCAUGGUAGUCGCCGGUCUCUUUGCUGCGGCUGCUGUUGGGCGAACCCUGUAUCGGGGAGCUGCUUCGGGAGGAAGACGCGUCUCCCGCGGUAGUCCUGGGGUGACGCUCGCCUGUCGCCGGGAGGCUUCUUCAAAAGAAGGGGAAGUUGGCAGCGAUAGCGGAAGCAAGGUGCCUUCCAAGAAUGUGGAAUCCUUUGCAUCAAUGUUGAGGUUCUGUCCUUUAAUUCAGAUGGGACCGGCCAAAGACAAAAUUGUCACAGGAAAAAUAUUUUACAUAUUAGAAGAUGAUCUGUACAUUGAUUUUGGUGGAAAAUUUCAUUGUGUUUGCAAGCGACCAGCAGAUGGCAAGAAAUAUGAAAAUGGAUCCAAAGUUCGCUUGAAACUUAUUGACCUUGAACUCUCCUCCAGAUUCUUGGGAGGAACAAAUGAUACAAUGUUAUUGGAAGCUGAUGCUGUGCUUUUGGGACUAAUGGAAGGAAAAGAAAAUAAAAAUAAAUAGUAAAUGUU